CUUCAGGAGGCUUGACACGGGGUCACUGGUGCGAGGCUUCAAAAUUAAUGCACUGUUCUGCUUUGUUUCUCCACACUGCUAUCAUCCAGCAUCUUAACUGAAACUGUCGAGCAAGUUCACAGGAUUGUUUCUCCAGAUGUCAUUGUCGACCUUUGACCACCAGAGGUCACUGGUCUAUCACCUGGGCUGCAGGAGGGACUGAACCAACAGUCGGAAACAACACAGACUUGUAAAAUCAAAGACCUUCUAUAGAGAAACAGUCGGCCCUGUAAGCAGUUUGAUAAGGUGGUGAAACAUGUGAGCAUCGUCCUGCCACCAUGUCAUCCUCUUCUCUCUCUUGGUCGUGCACCAUGAAAACGUGGAGCAGAUCAGCUCUCAUGCUGCUGAAGCUGAUGUACAUCACUUUACUCCCAGUUCUUGAAUCACAAGAUGUCAAAGUCCCGUCUGCAGUGACUGGAUACGUCGGGCAUGAUGUCACCCUGCCAUGUGAUUUCAUUCCAGGACAAAAGGACGCCAAAAUCACUCAGGUUCAGUGGGCGCUCAAGCCACCAGGAGGAGAGGAAAUCAUCAUUAUUGUUUUCAGUUAUACGUUGGGGGUUAGCACUCAAGAGACGUUUCUGAAGGGCAGAGUGGAGAUUAAAGAACAAUCAUUGAUAAUUAAAAAUGUGAAAACGGGAGAUGCAGGCUCGUACACCUGCAGCAUCGCAACCUUUCCAAGUGGAUCAUUUGAAGGAACCACCAACCUUGUUGUUCAAGAACAAAUGCUGUUGUCAUCAGGUGUGGUUUCUGCUGUGGUGAUUGCUGUCUUCUUGCUGUUGGGGAUUUUGGCUGCCAUAGUUUACCUCAUCUUCAUCAGAAGACCUUUUUCUACAGUCAGGCAUUGUGUCCAUAUUGAUACCAAUGGUCCAGCGAGAGAUGCCACCAGGCCGUCUGUUAUUGUGAAACAGGAGGAUGUCGUCUACGCUGAUGUCAGUGUCAAACCAUCAAGAGACAGAAAGCCUUCAUCCAGCGACAAACCUACAGAUGUGGCGCGUGAUGGUGAUGAUGUCACGUACUCUGAGGUUUUAGUUUUGCGUCAGCAGCACGUAUGAGAUGUGUAUGACAGAGCUGUGUAGAAGUUCUUUUUCUUUGAGAAGCAGGGGGAAAUUACACUGUUAAAGCUGCCAUAUGCAAGCUGCACUCACCGUUGACUUUUUGUCCCCUCACUGUGUCUCGGCCAAAAACACUUGCACACACCGCAAAGUUGACACUCGAAAGCCAACAAGCCUGUGCGUUGAAAGGAAAUACUCUGCCGAUAUAAAAACUAUUGUUAUGAUCAAGCAGUACCUCUUGUUAUUAUAGCAGAUAUAAUUUAGCUGAUUCUGAAUGCUCAGUCGACCACAAGGCUGCUGACAAGGGCGCCAACUAGAGCCAGGGUCACUCACUGACGGCCUCGUCAAAUGGUGGAGGCCCGACGUGUUAAGAGUCUACAGCCGUGCUAGCAGCCGCGAGACUGCCUUUGACAAAAAUACAUCAUCACUUUAUAUCAUUAGUUCUGCAGGUGUCUGCGCACAAAAAUUGAAAUUUAAACCUUAUCGUGGUGCUAGAUGAAAACCCAGUGGAUCAAAGGUUUUCCACUGGGGAUCAUUAAUGUUCGCACCGACUUUCACAGCUUUUCGAUCCAUCGUUAUAUAUUUCAGUGAGGUAGCUACAGUAACUGCAGCCUGGGUGUGAUGGCUGCGUGCUGUCUCUUCUCUCUCUCCCCAGCCUUUCCUGCCUCUCUCAGGGUGUCGCUAUUGAAGUAAAGCACACGUCAAAAAUAUCUCACCACGCAAACCACACUGUUCCCCAUGUGUCCUCUGACCAUGGAAGGGGGAAGAAAAAAGAAGAAGAAAAAAUGUUAAAACACACAAUUAAUAGGGAACUAACUCACUCGUGUGUGCAGCCGGCUGCCAGUUUAGGGCCCCAAAAAGUGCCACCAAACAUGAUUGAUUUUCGUAGAUUUUCUCAUAAUUCAACUAGAUAUGGCAUCAUUUGUUUAGACACUGUGGUGCGGGCCUCGUGCUUUAACUCAGUUACUAUCCAGCCUUCGCAUGUGAACCUUUUUAGGAUUAAAAGGGGUUUGUGAGUCAGAGAGGAAAGCUACAGCUGUGACUGUACUCUUUCAAAUCCUCACUUGUUCUUUUAUCAUUCUGCCUAUUUGUUCAGACUUCCCUGCAGCAGCUUCAAACCAAAAAAACAAGAAUUUAAUCACACACCACGAUAGUGCCUGCGUUCUCAGAGCACAGAUGCUGGUUACAGUUGUCGCAGUAUUUGACACUGCCCUGUUAUUGUGUCUGCUUUGGGAGCGUUGUGCAGAUGUUCACAGGUGUGACAGUCUGCGUGGCCCAAAUGUACAAAGGUGAUGAAAGAUGGUUUGCAAAGUUGCUGUGCCGACCGAGCGUACCGUCGCCUCGGAGACAGACGCUAUCUGUCACCUGCUAGUAGCGCGGCUUCCUGGCAGUGUGACUUUUGUGGGUGUGAGAUUAUGUCGGCUCACUGUGCCCUCAGAAUGUGAGAACACAUAACCAGAUUUUUUUCUUGGUUUUGUAAAAAGUCUAACUUAAGGGCUAAUUUUGAUAUGUUUUGUUGUUCCAUCUACUUUUUUGUUUGACAGUCAUGCAGUGCUUGGGACUUUAAUUUUAAAAACCAGUGUCAUGCUUUUGAGAUACUUAAGUCCUGUUGCUUGUUUUGUCAAGUCGUCCAGAUGAGCAGACAGACACAACAAUGCACACUUCUGUAAAUGUCACUAUUUGUAUGUGGGCUGAUGUUGCUUAAUAAACAUUUUCACAGACCCGA